AUGGCCACAGCCAUCUACGCCGCCGGAGAUCCGCCGCCGAAAACCCGUCUCGUGGAUAAGCAGGCUUUACGAUCAGUCGGACACCAUCCCCUCGCUGCCUUCCGGGCGAAGUCGUCUGAAUAUCGCUCAUUUAUGUCACCUCAUACAGACUCCCCAUCGGAGCCGUGA